AUGCCGAUAUUGGCUUAUUUCUUGGUAUUUCUCCUAGUUUUUAUUGAACUGACCAGAGCUUGGGGAACCUAUAAUCGAAAAUACGAAUUCCGCCGCGAUCCACUAGUCGAAAGUGUGGACUGUAAGCGGAUUAUCGCGGAGGAUUGCGAUUAUCGAACGCCAGUUCAAAGGAUCGUCAAGAAUGCCGACAGUUCCCGAAAAAUGGAUUGUGAAUCGAUUCGGGAACGCGUGAUGCGGUAUUCCGAAUAUCCUCUGGUGAAGAAUUCGAUAGCCGUCGCCAGGGUGGUCAAUGAGGACUACGAUUUCCAUGAAGAGCAGCUCGGCUUCACCUACCACCCAGAUCACGUAUUUUGUUUUGCCGUCGAUCUCAAGGCCGAGGGCACCGAAUUUCACAGGAAUUUGCUAAAAUUAGAGAGCUGCGUCGAGAAUGUCCAUUUGACAAAAACUCUUUACAACGUAUCCGGGAAUGGGGCUUUUAUGAGCCACGCUUUUCGGGAGUGCUGGAAAACCGUUUUGGGGGCCGGAAACUGGGCUUAUGUUUUGGAUUUGCAGAACUACGACGUCAUCAUCAAAACUGCUCCCGAAAUUAGUGACGUCAUCGAUAUACUGAACGGCUCCAACGCCAUCCAACUCUCCAAAUGUGAACGCUGCGCUGGUGUUUCUGAGGGCUGGUACCUCAACGGCAUGGGAUUCUAUGCAAAUCACCGCCCAGAAUCGUUCCCCGACAACUCGAUGAUGCAAUUUGCCACCGGGCUCGUGCAAUCACUAAUAUCGAGAGCUGCUAUCGAUUUUCUGAUCAACACCGUGUCCCUGGAUGGGUAUUUGGGGCAGCAUUUUGAGGAUACGUACAGCUACGGCAUCGAUGAGCGCUUUUUAGCAACGCUGCAGCAGACGGAUGUGCUAAAGCUCCCAGGCGGCAUGACCUCUCGCUGCCUAAAAGAUGGACAUCCAACCCAAAAAAUCAUAAGAUAUUCAAACUGGGACUGCUCAGCUGAUGCUCACUUGUGUGCUUCCGGCAAAUCCCGACACUGCAUCUGCCUUCUCGGAAUUGAAGAGCUGCCCACAAUCGCCGGCUACCCAUUUUUGGUUGCCAACAAAAUGAUGCCCUCGUUCGACUACGCGGCAAUAUCGUGCGUCGGCGAGUUGCUGUACAAUCGGACGUAUGGGUUCGCGCCGGCCGGGAUUAGGGCUGAUGUUUCUGCAAAUCUGACAAGUACACGGUUCCACAACUUUAUGGCCCAACCCGGCGCCGAGGCAUCCAACUUUGACUGCACCCAGCGGAUCUCCCCCAAAUUCUACCGUCCCUGGGCCACGAAUUGCAUAACGCGAAUUCAAACGAGAGCUCGAAAGCACUGCGCCGGCGUCGGGAGUCGAUUCCAUAUU